AUGUUAGAGGCAGAUGAAGGAAUCGCGGUGGUGGGGAUCGGGUUUAAUGAAUUUGACCAUAGGUUUUUUGGCAUCAGCGACAGUGAAGUGGAACAAAUGGAUCCUCAACAAAAGCAGCUCCUUCAGUGUGUUUAUAGGGCUCUAGAAAAUGCUGGAAUUCCUAUGGAGAAAGCCAGCGGGACAAGGACAGGAGUAUAUUUUGGGAUAAUGAACAGAGAUUAUGAGACCAAUGCUGCACACGUGCACCCAAGUGUGAUAAACCACUGGACCGGCACAGGGCUCGCCAUGAGCAUUGCAGCAAACAGAGUCUCCUACAUCUUCAACUUCACUGGGCCCUCACUGUCUAUAGACUGUGCCUGCUCAUCAUCCCUGGUGGCUCUUCAUCUUGCCUGCCAAUCCAUUAAACAAGGUGAUUGUGACAUGGCUGUUUGUGGAGGGGUCAACUGCAUCAUUGAGCCAAGAGUGUUUGUAGCGCUCAGUAAGGCCAAGAUGAUCUCACCUGAGGGGACCAGCAAGCCUUUUUCCAGCAGAGCAGAUGGAUAUGGAAGAGGGGAAGGCUGUGGGGUUGUUCUCCUGAAACCGCUUAAAAAGGCUCUUCAAGAUCACAACCACAUCUGGGGCAUCAUUAGUAAAACUGCAGUCAACCAAGAUGGACACUCAGUCACUCCGAUUACAAAACCCUCCAGGACACAACAAGAGGAGCUGCUGCGCAGAAUCUACUCAGACUCUGACAUCGCAAAUGUCCAGUACAUAGAGGCUCACGGGACUGGAACCCCAGUUGGAGACCUAACAGAGGCUGAAAGCAUCGCCAGUGUCAUUGCAAAAGCCAGAGCUCCCAGCUCAGGGACACUAUGGAUCGGCUCUGUGAAGAGCAACAUCGGACACACAGAAUCAGCUGCUGGAGUGGCCGGGCUCAUUAAGGUUCUGCUAAUGAUGAAGCAUGAGACCAUCGUUCCUUCAGGUUUCUACUCUGAUGACUCCUCCAGUGUCAAUGCCAAAGACUUGAACAUGAAAAUUCCAAAGGAAUCAGAAAAAUGGGAAUCCUCCAGGGUAAGAGUUGCAGGGGUGAACAACUUUGGCUUUGGAGGAACAAAUGCACAUGCCAUUGUCACACAACACUUACACUCAUGUGUUGAGCACAAGAGCAAUGAGAAGCAAGAAAAAUAUUUUGUCUUGUCUGCAAAUUCCGAGAAAUCUCUAACUAUGAUGACGGAGGACACCAUUAAACAGCUAGAGGCAGUUAAAGAAGUUGAUCUAGAUUCUUUAGUGUACACAUCAGCUUGUAGAAGAAGUCACCAAAAACAUAGAUACAGAAGGGCCAUUGUGGUAUCGUCUCCAGAUGAGCUAAUAGAGAAGCUGAGAACUAGUGCAAGGAAAAAAGUUCCUUCAGCUACCUCAGAUCCUAGAUUGGUGUUUGUCUUCUGUGGAAAUGGAGUCACUUACCACGGCAUGUGCAAGCAGUUGCUGAAAAACGAGCCUGUAUUCAGAGAAAAGAUCACAGAGAUUGGGAAACUCUUCCAAACCUUCAGCACUAUGAACAUCCUGGAAACCCUUGAGAGGGAGUCAGAAAGCAGUGACUUCAAAAACCCAGAUGUUGUCCAGCCACUUCUCUUUGCAAUCCAGGUGGGGAUUACAGCCCUUCUCAGGCACUGGGGUGUCAAACCAGAUGUUAUGCUUGGACAUUCUGUUGGAGAAGUUGCAGCUGCUCACUGUUCUGGCCUCUUGUCUCUUAAAGAUGCUGUGAAAGUCAUAUAUUUCCGCAGCACCCUACAAAACAAAGUCACUGGUGGGAAGAUGCUUGUGAUCAGCAAUAUGGCUGUAUCAGAGGUAACUUCUCUUCUCCCUUCAUAUUCUGGGAAACUUUGCCUUGCUGCUUUCAACAGCCCACAGUCCUGCACCCUUUCGGGUGAUGCAGAUGCAAUUGAUAGCUUCCACGAGAAGCUUAGUAACUCAGCUAACAGUCAGAAUCUGUUCCUCCGUGUGCUGGACGUCCCUGCAGCGUAUCACAGCCACAUGAUGGACCCAAUCCUGCCAGAAAUCAAAGAGACAAUUGGUGAACUAACGGAGAAUGACCUCAACACAGAGUUGUUCUCCACAGUUACAGGCAUGGAAGUCCAGCGGGGAGAUUUCCGCUCAGGUGAAUACUGGGCGAGAAACCUCCGAGAGCCAGUUGCUUUUGAGCAGGCAUUGAGGUUGGCAGCUAAAAGAAAGAGAACAGUCUUGGUGGAGAUAGGGCCAAGAAGGGUGCUACAGAGAAAUAUCAUGGAAACUCUGGGAAACAACACAGCUGUUCUUGCCUCAGUGGAACCACAGAAAGAUCAUGAAUCAAUCUUGUCUGUUGUUUCCAAGCUGUUUGAACUGGGUGUUGAGGUGGAUUGGAACACCUUCUACCGAGGUUAUGAGACAAUACCACAACCUUAUCCAAGAUACCAGUUCGACUGUGCCAAUAGAGAUGUUAUCAUUGUAGCAGCACAGAAUAACAAGGCAAGCAGUCACCCUGUGCUGUGUCAGACAGGACAUGAAAGCAACAUUUUCAGCUGUGAUCUCAUGUCUGACUCUACUUUCUUCUUGAAAGAGCACAAGCAUAACAAUAUUCCCAUCAUCCCUGGCUCCUUCUAUCCUGAGCUAGGUUUAGCUGCUUUCCUGGCCAGCACUAAACCAAAAGUUCCCGUCAACUCGCUGCAGCUCAGUCUUCAUUUUCAGAGUCUGUUUGUUUUAACGCAGAACUCACCAGAGAUGAAGGUUCAACUCGAACAAAAAGAAAAAGAAACUAGUUUCACUGUGCUCUCCUCGUCUGCGGUGUACGCAUCAGGCUCUGUGGUUUUAAAGAAGGAUAGACUGAUCGAGGAGCAGUACAUUUCCCUAAGCUCCGUCUACAAACGAUGCACAUCUGUGGUGAGCUUUCAGGAGUUUUACAGCUAUCUCUCUCAAGGAGGCUUCCAAUAUGGAGAUGUCUUUAUGAAUAAGGCAGACGUGUACUAUGGGGAAGACCUGAAGGAGGCUUUUGCAGCUGUUUCAGUUCCAGAAGAGGUGCAAUCUCAGCUGCACGACUAUAACAUUCAUCCUGUUGUUUUAGAUUAUCUGAUGCAGCUUCUUCCUGUUACAGUAGAACAUAUCUUUGCUGGCAGGCCAGGAUUUCCAGCCAGAAUAGGAAGUCUGACAGUGUUUGAACCCUUGCAGAAUGAGAUGAUUGUCUAUGUGAGGGCAAUGGAUGUGGGAGUGGAUCACUUUGAGGUAUGUGGCUGCUUUGCAGAUAAGGAAGGCAGAGUGUUAGUUGAGGUUAAGCAUGUCAUAAUUAGGUACCUUGGGAGUCGCUCUCGUGUGGUUGAGGAGUACUUCUACCAUAAUGCUUUCAACGUCGUUGAUGAAGGCUCCAGUUCUUCUCCUCCUCCAAAAGCUUUGGUCUUCUCAGACCAUUUGGGGAUCUCUCAAGGUCUGGAACAACAUUUAGAUCCAAACUCCCAAUAUGUGCCCUUCACACAUGCAAAAGAUAUCUUAAACUGUGGGAUUCUUUCUCUCUUGGCAAGUCUCAAUAUUGCAGAUAUUGAGAAAAACUUCAAUGAAGUGUUGUUUUUGUGGGGCAAAGAAGACCUCACAUUACUGCCAGCUGAUGUCGUCCUGCAGAAUUUAACGAACUGCUGUGAGAUUUUCCGCCAAAUUGUCCUUGAGCUGAAGCGGAUUCACUUCCCCAAAGCGAUCAGAGCAGUAACCUACCGUUCAUCGGAUAUCACUCUAGAUCGCAUAAGUCCAGGUUUUGCUCUUGCUGGUAUGACAAGAUCAUUUGCUGCAGAGAUACCAGAUCUUUCUUUUCAGCUGAUUGACAUAAACACUGUCUCUUCUAAGAACAUUGCAGCUCUGUCUGAGGUCCUGAGAUCAUAUCCUUGCAGCAAGUACCCAGAGUUGGUGGUGAAGGAUGGGCUGAUCUUGAAACCCUCCAUUGUCCGCACCCCAUUGGAAAUCACUGACCAUACAGAGAGGAGUUACACCUCUGCAACAUCCAAGCCUUGCAUCUUUCAGACAGCUGAUGCACAUAAGAUGUCUCAUCUGAGUGCCAUUCUCUUUGACCAAGAAGCUGAUCAGAUCAGCGACACAUCUGUUGAAAUUCAACCCAGUAAGUUGUGUGUUCAUUCAUCCGAUUACUUCCCUGUCAGCGCUUCACAUCUAAAAUUCGGUCAGACGUUGUACUGGACCAAACACUCAUCUCAGUUGCACAAGUUGCUCGCUCUUGACUUCAGCGGUACCAUCACAGCAGUUGGAAAAGAUGUGAGGAAACUGAAAGUGGGGGACCAUGUUGCUUCUUGUUAUCCUGUGGCUGGGGCUAGUAAGGUUAGAAUUCCAGAGGACGUGUGCUACAGCACAAAGAGGUUCUCAUUCCUCAUAAAAACACCCUGCGUUUCUUUCUUUGUGCUUGCAUGGGAGAUCCUGCAUCGAGCCUUGCCCAGAUCCAAACAGAAUUUAGGGAUCAUGUGCUCAGUGCCUGACUCAGCUCUGGUGAAAGUCUUGGCUCAGACAGCUUACAAAUCAGGCUGGAAUGUGAUUGUUAGUACAAAAUGCAAUGGCUCCUUUGCUUGUCAGGUGGAUGCAUUUGUCAUCCUUCCACCGUUUGAUGAGUUGUUGACUGUUAAAAUUAGCAACUUUCCAGGUGUCAAGCAUGUUGUGGUCAUCUGUGGAUCUCAGAUGCAAGGUUUGCUUACACAGGAAGUGUUCCAGAGUGUAAAUGAAAGUGUUCAUGUACAGAUAAUUCAGAUGCAGGUCAUUUUGCAAAAAGGACACCUGAGAGCACGCAGGCCGCACAUUUACCACUGGAUGAAGUCUCUGAACCUGAGCAGGAGGUUUUCAGUUGAAAGCUUCACUUUUCAGAAUAUUAAAUCUGAAAUCAAGAGCUUUCAUUCAGAGAAACCACUGUCAUAUUUCAGCUCAAAGAAGCUGGCUAUGGUUGCUCUGGAAAGAGACGCAAGUGGUUCGUGGUCUGACAUCCCUCUGCUGCCAACAAGAAAACAGCUGUUCAGAAAGAGAGCAGUAUAUAUAGUUGCAGGGGGUCUCUCUGGCCUGGGCUUUGAAACGGUCAAGUUUAUAUCACAAAGAGGUGGUGAAUACAUCAUCAUUCUCUCCAGAAACAGACCCACACCUGAUGUGCAGCAAAAAAUCAACAACCUGGAGAAACAGUGUGGAAACAGCAUCACAAGCAUGGAGUGUGACGUAUCUGUGUCUGAGCAUGUGAAUAAGGUCCUCUCCGUCAUCAAGCAGGGGUUUCCUGGUUGUCCAGUCAGAGGAGUGUUUCACAGUGCGGUUGUCUUGCAUGAUGGUCUGAUUGAGACCCUCGACAAAUCUCUUUAUGAGAAAGUUUUCAAACCCAAAGUAAAUGGAGUGUUGAAUUUGCACCAUGCAACACAGAACUGUCCGCUAGACUACUUUGUGUGUUACUCCUCCAUCUCAGCUUUUCUGGGAAACGCAUCACAAACCAACUAUGCAGCAGCUAACUCUUUCGUUGAUUUGUUCUGUCAGUACAGGCGCAAACUGGGGCUGUCUGGACAGUCUAUCAACUGGGGGGCUCUGAAUCUUGGCCUCCUGUUGGACAAACAGCCCCUCCAGCGCUUUCUAGAAGCAAAGGGGAUGAUGGUGUUAGAUGUAGCUGAGAUUCAUCAAAGCUUAGAGUAUUGUCUCGUGCUUAACAGAUCCCAACAAGCUGUUUGCAGGUUUCACUUCAGAAACAUCAGGUACAACAUCCUCUCCCAAAACAAGGCCUUGACCAUACGACUCUUCGAGUUAGUCAGUGAGGCCUUCCAGAAAUCCAGAGAGGCAGAUUCUCAGACUAAACACGUCAGCUCCAUCUCACCCAGUGAAUAUGUUGCCUCUCUGCUCAGUGAGACGACUGGCAUGGACCAGCGUGAACUGAGAGAGGAGUCACCUCUUUCAUCCUUAGGCAUUGACUCCAUGCAGGCCAUGACUCUGCAGAAUCUGAUCUUUCAGGAAAGAGGCGUGAAUGUGCCUUUGGUGAAACUGUUGGAUCCUAAUGCCACGCUAUCAACGGUGGCGACUCUUUUAAGUGAAGGAGCUGAAGGGCGAGAUUUCACCGACGAGUUCCCUCAAGGUGAAGAUAUGGCGGAUGUUUCUACCAGACUGUAAACACACGUUUUAAAUAAAGUAUUUGAAUUAAUGACACUUGUUUAUGUUGUAAUUUACACUCUUAAAUAUGUUUUUUGUUAAAUUAAAUACAGCUGUGGAGCAUUUUUAUGGCCAUCUUACAUAUGUACUCAUUAUUUUUAUUUAAUUUUGGGAGCUAAAUUUGAUUUA